AUGGAAGUUCACAGAGGUACAGGUUUGGAUGAGAUUCAACAAUAUGUUGAUGCAAGAUGGAUUUGUGCUCCAGAGGCAUUGUGGAAAAUAUUUAAAUUUACACUUUACAAGUUAUAUCCCUCUGUUGAAAGACUACAAAUCCACUUGCCAAAUCAUCAUCAAGUGCGGUUUUAUAAGCAUCAAAGAAUUACAGAUGUGCUAAAUGAUAACAAAAAUGCAGUAACCAUGCUCACUGAAUUCUUUGCACUAAACCAAAUGGAUCCACGUGCUAGGAAUUAUUUGUACAAAGAGAUUCUAGAGCAUUAUUAUUGGCUAAACGGGGUCAAGAAAUGGCAGCGAAGACAGACAAAACGAAAAGUUAUUGGUCGAAUCUAUACAGUAUCCCCUUCAGAAGGUGGGAAAUUUUAUUUACGUGUUUUGCUAUCUCAUUUAAGAGGUCCAACUAGCUGGGAAUGCCUUCUUACACAUAAUGGUGCAUGUUUUUUCACAUUCAAAAAAUCAGCUGAGGAUUGGGGUUAUUAG